AUGGCUACAACCGACGCUGAGCAGCUCCGCUUAAGCGGCUUCAAGCGCAUUCUGGUCCAUCUAGAUGACGAUACGCGUCGCAAGUACUGUUGUCGAGCUGUAGAAGAGGACCUGAAGCAUGUUGAGGGACAGGUGCGGUCGUGUUUGGCCUCGAUGGCCGAGGUGAAGCAGGUGCAAGACGCGACGCGCAAACUGCAAGCCAGUCAACAGACCGCAGUCUCGAGCGAGCUUUUGACUGAAUUAGAAACGCUUCAGGUCCAAUUAGAAAUGUCCAUCAAUAAGACCUGCUCAGUCCAAAGUAGCUCAUUCAUUGUGGCAAAUGACGCCAGUAAGGAAAGUUUUGCAAUAAAGGACGAGGUGAGAAAAGCGCUUGGGGAUGAGCCGCUGAUGUGCGAAAAGAUCAGGACGCUGGUAGACAAAGUUCGAUUGUCGCAGGAUCUCAAGACUACCGUCGACGCGAUUCGACAAUUGCAGCAGUUGAUGCCCGUCCUGGCGGAUGCAGACGCUAAGACGAUAAAGUCGUGGAAAAGGCAUGUGGCUAAGGCCGUGCAUCAUGCUGUGGUUCUGGUGACGGAGAAAAAGAAAGACCAUAAUAUGGUGCAACGGCUCGAGAAAACGCUCAAGAAAGUUGUCGACAAGUGCCCAGAGAUGAAGAAGUGGCAAACCAACGUGCUGAAGCAGCUUGAGGCCAGGAUGAAAUCGAAGGGUGAGUCAGCAGUGAAGAGCAAGAAGAAGCGGGCAAUUGCGCUGCCUGAUGGUGGCGACUCAAGCAUUGUAAGCAGUGCAUCAUCGUGUGUCCAGCCGCCUGUAGUGCCUAAGAACAAAGAAAAGAAGAAGAGCCAGUCGGCUGAAAAGGCUCGGGCGCAGCUGCAACAAUGCUCGCGAGAGGUGCGCACUUUGCGUGACAAAUUCAAGCUCGGCACGUACGAUGUGAAUCUGAGUCGCAUGGUGACGAUUGUGGACUCACUUUGGUCGGGCAUCGAGCACUCGGAGGUUGUUCUGUUGACCACGGCGCUAUUCACUUUGGUAGAAACAGUGGAAAAGGUGGCGGAUCACACGAAACGCCGAGACCGGCUCGUGUGUCUCGAGAGCGUACUAGCUGUCGUGUUGGACUCUUCGAAGCUGCAACUGACAACGCGGCGGAAAAUGAUGGUCGAAGAAUAUGCCAACAACUGUCGCCAGUCGUUGGAUCAGCUGAACCGCGAAGGUAAGACACUUGCUGCUAGUAGCACUAGUGAACAUGCUGUAGUUCCGGGAGCGAGUUUAGUGCGCAAAAACCGCUAG